AUGUCUUUGUCUCCAUCUGCGCGGGAUUUGCGCUUCGUCCAGUCUCAUGCUCCAAACACAUUCAGCCAUCUGUUACCUGAGGAACCAACCAUUUCCGAGUCCUCAAAGACAAAAAGACUAGGUGCUUCUGGAGCCGUUGACAGCGGACACGAAGAGACUGACGAUGAAGUCCCCUCAGCUCAAGCCCAGCCUCCCAACUCAGUCCAAUCAAUCAAACCUGAAUCUGGCUUCAUGCCCGUAUGCUCGACACACGAUGUCAACGACGCCGGCCAAGGCGUUGUUCGACUCGCAGUUCCGCCCAUCGCCGCUGAGGUCAUCGCCACAUCAGACGGUGAUGGAGGGCUCAUCACCAGAUCCUCGUCACCAUUCUCAGCCAAAGUUGACCAUGAGUACAUGAGCGACAGUGAUCUCGUCGAGGAUACUUACCGAAAAGCUCAAGGUUAUUCGAAACUACCCGCUUCGACAAAAAGAACCUGGGAGACUGAGCGUGCAAACGCUCUCUUCAGAGCAGGCAAACCAAAGCACUUUGAGUGUUCCGAGCAUCUCCUGAGCGGCAAUCCAUGUACCACCCUCCAGGAGUACCUUCCAUCAAGAUCUGCAGCACGUCCUGUUGUUUCCCCUUUCUUUGGCCACAACAAGCGUGAAUGGAACCAGAUAAUCAAGAGCGUGCGAGUAUUUCUAUGCAGGAAAUGCUACCAGCGCUACGAACACAAGCUUCAUCCACACUUGGCGUCCAUACAGCUACCUCUUUGUCGAGAGUUGAUCGACAGACUCGAGACAUGGCGUCCUGGUUGCCUGUUCACAGUUCAGUUGACGAAAGCCAUGCAGCAAAAGAUCAAGAGAUUUGAGGUGAAGAUGAAUAUCGAAGGAGCUGUGAGACAGGAUGUAGCGGCAGAGGUAGACGCGGAAGACCUGGAUGACAAGAGUUCAGAUGUCAAGAGAGCCAGCAGCACACCAGUACUCUUCGCCAUCACAUUUGAGAAUCGAUUCGGGGGCAACAACAAGACCACAGACGAGCUUCGCAGUCUCUUCGAUUGGCUGGAGACCGAAUUGGCAGAUGGCAACAUUGAGGACCUUCCUGCCUUCGAGUCCCUGCUCCAGAUGCGCAGUCACGACAAAGAGCAGUUAGAAGCCCAGCAGAAACGUCGUCCUGCACUCAAGAAAUCUCUGCUCAUGGAAGUGCCGACUGAACUUGCUUCUACUUCAGAUCGGGCCAAUGAACCAGAGAGGACACCCACACAUAGCCCACUUUCGACAAACACCCUGCCCCCUUCUAGUGGAUUCAAGGCCAUCAACACCAUCUCUCCUUCGAUAUCCAAGGCUGGUGUGUCAAUCACUGGCCACGUUUCGACCGAUGUCUCUGUCGUCCCCAAGGAAGUAACCGUCGACACCGAGUCCUCCGGCCCAAGCAGCCCUUCGGCUCCUCCAAAGAUCAUACUGAAGCUGAGCAGAGGCAAGAAGCCCAUUGGUGCUGAUGUCGCGACCAUCGAAUCACAAACACGCAUCACCAAGAAACGAAAGCGUGACACUGCUUCAUCAAGCAAAGACAAUGAGAUUGAAGGGGACUCAGCUGCUCCUACCGAAAAGGCCAAACGUACAAAAUCGGUUCUCAAGGCUAGAAUCGAGCAGCACUUGCCUGAUGGUAAAGCCGCAGAUGAGCCUGCACUCGAAGCCGGCAGUAACGAUCAAGCCCAGGCAACCGAUGAGCCACACAUGGAAGUCACAGACGGCAGCACACAUGUGGCUUCCCUGACCUUCAGCGAGGUGAAAAUCAUCGACUUCGCACCCUACUCUUGA